GAAUCGGUCAACAUAUGGAUUAGACAAAGUUAAUGGGGGAAUUAGGAGACAAAUAUCACUACUAAAAAGAACCACUAGUCAUAAAAAAGAAGAUUACUUUUUGUGGUUAACAUGACGAUCACUACUAUAAAAAAAGCUGGGCCCAACAAGCCCAAGAAUACAACUCUUAAUGACAAGUCAAAAGAGAGAUAGUUUUGACUCCUCGGACGAAUCGCAAGACUGGUCUUGUCCCCUUUCGAGUUUCCCGGGAAACUUCCUCUUCCUCUAAUCUCUCUACACUUCUCGAUUUCUUGCUUCUUUUCUCACGCACAGCAAUUAUAGCCAAAUCCCAUUUGAAUAGUAUUAUUCACCAAAAGUUAUCUCUUUUUAACGAAUUGAUCGAUAAAGUCCACACCUUUAUGCCUCCUCCUACUUUUCCACUUAAUCAUCCCACUUCUUCUUCUUCUUCUUCAGAUGUAAGCAAUGUUGUCUCGAGUUCUCAUCUGAUUCAGAUUUCGUUGCUGAAUCUUUUGUAAAGUUUUCUUCUUCGAAAGAGGAACCAAAUUCAGGGUUUUAUAGGAAAAAAAGGAGUUUUUUUUUUUGGAUGAUGGAAUCGAAUUACUCAGGUGUGGUCAACGGUUUAGAGUAUUACGAUGUGAGCUUCUUACCAAAUUCGAUUCCUGAUCUUGGAUUCGGUGUUCCUUCGUCUAGUGAUUUUGAUCUCCGCAUGGAUCAUCAACCGUCAAUUUGGGUUCCAGAUCAAGACCAUCACUUUUCUCCUCCAGCUGAUGAGAUUGAUUCUGAAAACACACUUUUGAAAUAUGUAAACCUUCUCCUUAUGGAAGAGAGUCUCGCGGAGAAGCAAUCUAUGUUCUACGAUUCCUUGGCUCUUCGACAAACCGAAGAAAUGUUGCAGCAAGUCAUCAGCGACUCGCAAACUCACUCUUUUAUUCCUAAUAAUUCGAUUUCUACUACUAGUACUAGUAGUAAUAGUGGCGAUUAUUAUAGGAGCAGUAGUAACAGCAGCAAUUCUAGUGUACGCGUCGAAACAGCUGCUAAUUCUGCUGAGAAUGAAGUGUUGUUGUAUGAUAAUCAUCUUGGUGAUUCUGGUGUUGUGUCGUUUCCAGGGUUUAACAUGUUGCGUGGAGGCGAGCAAUUCGGGCAGCCGGCUAAUGAGAUUCUUGUCAGGAGUAUGUUUAGUGAUGCAGAAUCAGUUCUGCAGUUUAAGAGAGGGCUAGAGGAAGCUAGCAAGUUUCUUCCUAAUACUGAUCAAUGGAUCUUCAAUCUUGAGCCUGAGAUGGAGAGAGUUGUUCCGGUGAAAGAAGAGAAAGGAUGGUCCGCUAUCUCGAGAACUAGGAAGAAUCAUCACGAGCGGGAAGAAGAAGAUGAUCUAGAGGAAGCUAGGAGUAGUAAGCAAUUUGCAGUGGAUGAGGAAGAUGGGAAAUUGACAGAAAUGUUUGAUAAGGUUUUGCUUCUUGAUGGUGAAUAUGAUCCGCUGAUUAUCGAAGAUGGCGAGAAUGGUUCAAGCAAGGCUCAGGUUAAGAAAGGCCGGGGGAAAAAGAAGAGUCGAGCGGUUGAUUUCCGCACACUUCUCACUCUAUGCGCACAAUCUGUUUCUGCAGGGGAUAAGGUUACGGCUGAUGAUUUGCUGAGGCAGAUAAGGAAGCAAUGUUCACCUGUUGGUGAUGCAUCACAGAGACUAGCUCAUUUCUUCGCCAAUGCACUUGAGGCGCGUCUUGAAGGUAGCACGGGAACUGUGAUCCAGAGUUAUUACGAUUCCAUUUCCUCCAAGAAACGAACAGCUGCACAGAUUCUUAAAUCCUAUAGUGUGUUCUUGUCUGCGUCUCCGUUUAUGACUUUGAUCUAUUUCUUCUCCAACAAGAUGAUUUUUGAUGCUGCCAAGGAUGCUUCGGUUCUUCAUAUAAUCGAUUUCGGUAUCCUUUACGGUUUCCAGUGGCCCAUGUUUAUACAGCACUUAUCAAAGAGCAACACCGGACUACGGAAACUACGGAUUACCGGUAUCGAGAUUCCUCAACACGGGCUUCGUCCAACCGAAAGAAUACAGGAUACAGGUCGAAGACUGACAGAGUAUUGCAAACGGUUUGGAGUUCCAUUCGAAUACAAUGCAAUUGCCUCUAAGAAUUGGGAAACAAUCCGGAUGGAGGAGUUCAAGAUCCAACCAAACGAAGUUCUUGCGGUUAAUGCUGCGCUCCGAUUCAAGAACCUUCGAGACGUUAUUCCAGGCGAAGAGGAUUGCCCGAGGGACGGAUUUCUAAAACUGAUCAGAGACAUGAACCCUAACGUCUUCCUCAGUUCGACAGUUAACGGAUCUUUCAACGCUCCGUUCUUCACCACACGGUUCAAAGAAGCUCUGUUUCACUACUCGGCGCUCUUUGACUUGUUUGGUGCGACUCUGUCCAAAGAAAACCCGGAGAGGAUACAUUUCGAAGGGGAGUUUUACGGGAGAGAAGUGAUGAAUGUGAUAGCGUGUGAAGGAGUAGAUAGAGUGGAGAGACCGGAGACUUACAAGCAAUGGCAAGUGAGGAUGAUUAGGGCUGGAUUUAAACAGAAGCCUGUGGAGGCAGAGCUUGUGCAGUUGUUUAGGGAAAAGAUGAAGAAAUGGGGUUAUCAUAAAGACUUUGUCCUUGAUGAAGAUAGUAAUUGGUUCUUACAAGGUUGGAAAGGUCGCAUCCUCUUCUCUUCUUCUUGUUGGGUCCCUUCUUAGCUUUUGUGUUCAUUACAGAUUUCCCAUGUAAAUCCCAAGUUCUGUUUUAUUUUUGUUCUAGAGGCAGAGCUUGUGGAGUCAUUGAUGUAUCUUUUGUUUGCUGUACUUGAUUUUCUUUACUUUUGCUGUAUACAAUGACAUUCUACUUUGUUGAAAGCUAAAUACUUUACAGAGAA